CCUAUACAGUCACCUGAGGUCCUGUGCUGAGCUGAUGUGGCGGGACGGGAAAGAACGCGCGGUUCUGGCUACAGUGAAUAGGCCUGGGGCAGUGCCCGGUCCAGCCUCGGCCCACACCGGAAAGUCAGAGACUGCUUACGGCAGGGGACUGGGGCGAGAGCCCCGACUGGGAGCGCAGCGCCCGCGCACAAACUGAUGGCGAGCGAAGAGGCAUACUCCUCAGGUGUCACCACGCCGGGAAGAAUUUAGGAGCCUGAGGAAGCUCAGUCCUGGUGGUGAGAGGAUGGGGCUCCUGGACCCAUCCCAGAAAGAGGUGCUGAGAUUUGCAGUAAGCUGCCGAAUCCUGACUCUAGUGCUACAGGCACUCUUCAAUAUCAUCAUCCCAGAUCACCAUGCAGAUGCCUUUUCUCCUCCCCGCCUCGGCCCCUCAGGCUCUGUGGACCAGCUUGUGGAAGGCCUUCUGGGUGGUCUGUCUCGAUGGGAUGCUGAACACUUCCUCUUUAUUGCUGAGCACGGCUACCUUUAUGAGCACAGCUUUGCCUUCUUCCCUGGCUUCCCCUUGGCCCUGCUGAUGGGGACUGAACUGCUGAGACCCUUGCAGGGCCUCUUGAGCCAGCGCAGUUGCCUACUGGUCUCAGUAGCACUUCUCAACUUCCUGUUCUCUGUGCUGGCUGCAGUCGCACUUCAUGACUUGGGUUGUCUGGUUUUGCACUGUCCUCGCCAGGCCUUCUGUGCCGCGCUGCUCUUCUGCCUCAGCCCUGCCAAUGUUUUCUUGGCAGCUGGUUACUCGGAAGCUUUGUUUGCCUUUCUGACAUUCAGCGCCAUGGGGCAGCUGGAGAGGGGCCGAGGCUGGGCUAGUGGGCUGCUCUUUGCUCUUGCCGCUGGGGUGCGCUCCAAUGGGCUGGUCAGCGUUGGCUUCCUCUUGCAUUCUCAGUGCAAAGUCUUUUGUUCUUCUUUGGUGGUGCUGAGCCCCUUGAAACAGCUCAUCAAGCUGAUGGCCUCUCUGUGCCUGUCAGUGCUCACAGUCAGCCUUCCCUUUGCCCUCUUUCAGUAUUAUGCCUACACCCAGUUCUGUUUACCAGGCUCAGCCCACUCCAUCCCUGAGCCCUUGCUGCAGCUAGCUUCGGACAAAGGCUACCGGCUUGCAGGAGAAAGUGAGCCCCCAUGGUGCUCCUGGGAUCUUCCUCUAAUAUACAACUAUAUUCAGGAUGUCUACUGGAAUGUUGGCCUUCUGCGAUACUAUGAGCUCAGACAGGUGCCCAAUUUUUUACUAGCUACACCAGUGACUGUAUUGGUUGUGUGGGCAACCUGGACAUACGUGACCACCCACCCUUGGCUCUGCCUUACACUUGGGCUGCAAAGGACCGAGGACAGGGAGAAGCCCCAUCCUGGCUUCCUCAGUUCAAAGGUGUUUGUGUACCUGGUCCACGCUGCUGCGCUGCUGAUCUUUGGAGGUCUGUGCAUGCAUGUCCAGGUUCUCACGCGAUUUUUGGGCUCUUCCACUCCUAUCAUGUACUGGUUUCCAGCUCACCUGCUUCAGGACCAAGAACCCCUGUUGAGGUGUGUAGACAGGGCACCUCAGAAGCUUCUUGAGGAGAAUUCCCCACCAGGACAAAAAGCCCCCAGAAACUGUGUCAUGAAACUCUUGUACAACUGGAAGACCUGCUCUCCAGUCACAAAGUGCCUUCUAGUCUACUUCCUGGCCUACUGGCUCCUGGGACUAAUUCUGCACUGCAACUUCCUGCCUUGGACUUGACCUGGAGUCUCAAGGGACAAGCUGGAAGCUAAAUUUAACCCAGGGUCUGAAAGCUAUAAGACACACUGCCUGGGACUGCCUGCACACCCUUGAGAGCACCUUCCAGGAGGAUCUCCUCAUGUCUCUCUGGAGGCCAGUUAAGAAGGGAAAAUGUGAGCACAGGAAUCCCUUCUCUUGCUGGGUGGGGCAAGUUUAGGGGAGUGACUCAAUGGAGCUGUCUCAAAUCUCCCUAGUCAAAAAGUAUCAGGCAAUCUUAAACCUACUACUGAUCCAUGUGUAAGCCUUUGUCUUUUUCUUUUUUGAGAGAGGGUUUCUCUGUGUAGCUCUGGCUGUCCUGGAACUCUGUACAUCAGGUUUAUGUAGAUUCCAGGCUGGCCUCAAACUUAAAAGUUCCACCAGCCUCUGCUCCCGAGUGCUGGGAUUAAAGCCAGUAGCCACUGCUGCCUGGCCCGGUGGAUAAAUGUAAGUGUUUGAUCAAAGCACAGGCCAACCACCUGGUCCAGUCACGAUGGUGGAGAUAGUGCGGUGUGGUGACAGAAGGAAAGAGACCGCCUGCUCCAAAUGAAAACUUUCUCAAGUUUUUACGGUGCGGGUGUGUGUAUGCGUGCACGUGUGUGUGUGUGUAUGCGUGCACGUGUGUGUGUGUGUGUGUGUGUUCUGCAGACUAUGAAAAUAUAAAAACUCCUUUUUUGCAAUGAAUUACCUUUUUCUGGAGGAGGAGUGGUCACGAGAGUUAACGCAGGGUCCCUCUGUGUAGCUUUGGCUGUCUUAGGACUUGCUAUGUAGAUCUGGCUAGUCUUGAACUCAAGAGAUUCUCCUGCCUCUGCUUCUGCCUCCUGAGGGCUGGGAGUAAAAAAGUCUGCUCCACAGGCUCUACAGAACCAGUUUCUAUAAAUUAUAGGGGGUGAGGCUAGAACUCAGCCGUAAAGCAUGGGAGGCUCUAAUUCCAAUAAUAAAUGUCAUUUGAAUCAGAGCA